CUGCGACUUUCACUCUCCCGCACUCCUGCUCUUGUUUCGGAUUCUCUGGAAGUCUCGCCGCCAGCACCGCAAGGAAACUUCAACUCAUCGCCGUCAUGUUAAGAAACAACGAUGUCUUCUCCUGUUUUGUUUUCUACGCCGUGGUGCUGCUCCUCAAAAUGUACCUUCUGGCCUUCAUCACCGGACAAGUCAGGCUGCGCAAGAAGGCUUUUGCCAACCCGGAAGACGCAAUGAGGCACGGAGGACUGCAAUAUCACAGGCUGGACCCCGACGUGGAACGAUGCCGUCGAGCUCAUCGGAACGACAUGGAGAACAUCUUCCCGUUUCUGUUCCUGGGCGCCAUCUACUCCAUGACGGGCCCGUCCCUGGCGACGGCCCGCCUCCACUUUGUGGCCUUCACGGCGGCCCGUGUGCUGCACAGCGUGGCUUACCUGGCCGCCCUGCCGGCGCCCACCCGCUCGCUGGCCUACGUGGCGGCGCAGGUGCCCUGCCUGUCCAUGGCGCUGCAGAUCCUGGCGGCGGUCGCCGCCUACGCGUAGCUGCGCCAGCCCGACUCUUUGCCGGAUCUUUCUCGAAGGUGGCGGGCGACGGCUUUCUGAAGUGACGCCCGAGCUGCUCGUUCUCAGCAACCUGGAAGGCGAGACGCGCCGUGCCCGUUAGCAUCCAAAAGUUCUCUCGUUCGUAACGAUUCGUAGACACGAGGUGACGCCAUUUAUGAUGGAAACAUUUUUGGGGAAGCCCGCACUGUAACCCGCACGUUUACACACAAACAUUUUGUCUGUUUGUUGUGACAGCAUCAAGGAUGGGGUCACGCUGGCUGGCUCCUUUGACCCAUUUGUAUUUUUCUCUACUUGAAAACUCGAAGGAAGCUGAAUAUUUUGUUAUAUUUAUUUAUUAUUUAACAUUUUGGUAGUUUUUGUGUGUGUGUGCAAGUUGAAAAAUAAAAGCUGAGAAACCGGACACGUGUUGAGAA